UGCAUUGGGCUGCAAUUGAGUUAGUUAGUUGAAAGGUGUGGAGCAAAGCAGAGCAAAGCAAGAUGAUGUCUUCUACUGGAACUCCUUCCGCUGCUACUACAAAGAGUAGUACUAGUACUAGUAAUCCCUUCAAGCACGACGCCAUGAGCAGCCAGAACGAUGGAUCUCGUCAAUACCAAGAGCACUGUACAGUGAUCAACAGUCACAGCGGUUCCAACAAUCAGAACGUCCAAGCCCAAGUCACCGCCACGACAGCCAGUAGUAGUACCAGUCCUUCCGCCUUGACUAUGCAUAGUUCGUCGACUCCAGUAGCAACUCGUCUGCAGCAAUUGUACUUGCAGCAUCAACUGACUCCCAAUUCCACCAUUGUCGCAACUCCCACUUCCACUACGACCGCAGCUGGAAAUCCCAAUGUGACUACGACCGCCGAAGAACCGUCGUACGACUACUACAUGGAAUGCGCCAAUAAUCCAAAUCAUCAUUAUUUAUUGAAUGGCACGCUCAAUACCGUCACCACCAAUACGGACAACAAUACGAACAGCAAUAAUAACAACUACAACAACCAUAAUAUCAACAAUGACGACACCUUUGAAGACUUGUGGCAAGAUGAAGUCCUUGAAGAUCCAGAAGAUGAUUACACGGCCGCCACUACGGGGACGGAAGAUUUAAGAUCCGAAGCCAGCAGCAAAAUCUCGGCACACCGCCAAAAGCGCAAUUGGAAACAACGCGCCGUCACGGCAUUGCUCGAACAACAGAUUCUCAAAGAACAGCAACACGCCAAACUCAUCUUUCGACAACAGCAACAGAAUGCACAAGCGCAACAGACUCCCAAUGCUAGUAGUAGUGUCGGAAAACCACCCCGCCCGUCCCAAGUUUUGGGAGCAUCGGCGUCGUCUCCGGCAUGGUUCUCUCCGCAACAACAACAACCCUCCACCAUCAAGGGCAGCAGUAUGAUGGACGAUCAUUCCGCGGCCGGAUCCUCGCUCCAAUCGUUGCCGCGCAACGGAGGAACCAUUUUGGAUACGUCCGGAUCGGUACUCGCCAACUCCAUUCACAAUAGUAAUACUCCCCGUCAAGUACCCCAAGAAGAAGAAGAUUUGGAAGACGAACCCAGCCCCAUCAAGUCUCCUGACAACUCGCUCAAUCAGUCUCUUCCUACCGUCAACAACAGCAAUCCUCAUCAUCAUCAUCAUAACUAUAAUAGUAGUGGUACGAGUAGUCCACAACGAUCAAGCCAGGACGAUGAUGACGACGAGGCCACCCGACCCAUUCUCUAUCCCACCACAACUACCAAGAAGCAGAAAAAGAAGUCCAAUAAGAAACACAACAUUACGCCCUUGGAAGAACAGUACCAAGUCAUUCGACGCUCCAAGAGUUCUCCACCGGAUCCACCGUCCUACAAGUUUCUAUCCAAUUCCGGCAGUCUCGCCAGGAUGCCCACGGGAGACUAUUACGAUCCCGACGAAGAAGAAGAUGCGCUCACUAAUCUCGUCAUUACCGUGGUUGGAUUGGAAGGACAAGAUGAUGACGACGAUGAUGAUGACGACGUGGUAAGAGACACGGAUGCCCUCAUUAAGCGGAAUCAGCAACGAAAACGUCAUGCCCGCAACAAGACCAAACAACUCUCGCAGUUGGAAGAAGAAGAAGCCACGGCACCUUCCUUUGUCGACUACGCUGCUGCUCGAAGAGCCGAUACCAGUCAAGUUUCCAGUGUCAUUCCCCAGUCUGCGUCCUUUUCGGAUUCGUCGUCGUCGCGUGGUCCAUCUUCCGCCGCAAGUUCCUUUCAAACGCUCUUUUUGACGGCCGAUGCCACGAGUAGCAUUCUCUUUGGGGCCUUGCUGGUGUUGCUAGUGCCAUUGUUGCUCUAUAGCAUGAUGAUUUGGGAAUUGCUCGACACGACGCAUUCGCCCGUGGACGAGUGGCAAGCGUUUUUUGGAAUUCCCAUGAACGAAGAUGUUCCGGUAACAGUCCGCAUUGCGCAAUUGGGGCUUCUCUUUGGAUGGGUCCUCCUGGUCCAUCAGACGGCAUUGGUGCAUACCACCUUGCAACUCGUCUUGGGGUGUUGUCGCUUGACGAGACGCACUAGUCGCAAUCAACAACAAGGACGGUACACCAAUUUGAGUCGCAGUUUCUUUUCCAAUACCGCUGUCAUUCACGACGCGACCAGUCAUGUCGUCGUGUCCAAGACCCGAUGGUUUGUGGGAACCCUCUUGGAAUGGCUCCAGCAAAUCGCCUACAUGGUCGCUGCCGUACUGGUGCUCUUGCAAGCCACGGACAGUGUACAAGAAUUGUUGUGGAACAUGGGAGCCGUCGAGUUUGUCCUGCGAUUGGAUGUCUUGGCGUUCUUGGUCUGGAGCCGCAUGGGAUAUGCAUUCUUGUCGUUGAAACCAAUCGUCCUGGCGGGAACCACGCCCACUACGGAGAUUCAUCCCAUUUUGACACCGCCCACGGAGGACACCGAUGGGAGUCAUCAUCAUCAUCACCAACACAAUCAUAGUACUGCCGCUGCCACUGCGGGAGAAAACAAUUCUCUGCUCCAAAACUCUCUGAUCAACCACAAUAACAACUCUCUGGUCAACAACCAGACGACUCCCAGUGCCACCACAAUGACGACCAGUCCUCGUACUACCAGCGAGAAACGCAUGGCGCAGUACCAGCGUCGGUAUCAUCGUCGUCAACAAGAGGAGGCAAGUCCCACCACUACGAGUCGAAGUCAUCUUCGCAGCAAGAGCUCGUCCUACCAGGUGGCAUCGUUCCCACCCAUUCAAGCCAACGAGCAUCCAUUGCUGCGCAUCUUGCUCUACUUUUGCAUUACCAGUUCCAUUCUCUUGGCGUAUGCGGUCAUUGUCUACGAACAAGUUUUGGGAAAUCCCGUCGAGUUGCAAUGUCAAGCCAUUGCCGUGCAGUUUGGCGAUGUCAUCCCGACAUCGGAGGAUGCCAUGGAGCAGUACUAUUAUGCCAGUUUCCUCAGCGGGAUCUACACUCAACGACAGGGACAAUAUAUUCGUCAUCACGGUCGUCACAUUUACGAUUUUGUUGUCCAAGAUCCACGAAGAAGCAAGCAAACGAUGAGGACUCCGUUCAAGAUUGCCUACUGCCGUCCAUUGCGUGCUUGGACGCUGUCGCGGGCCACGGCGGAACCCUGCCAAGACUAUUUGCUCCGGUCCAGUCCCACACAGGCAUACGAUCUCCUUUCCUUGACCGAAUCUGUUUCGUGGCAUGUUUUGUCGCGGGGAGGGGAGGAGGCUCCCUUGGAUGACUUUUCGGUGGCGUGUGCGGACUGUGCUCAUGGUCAAGGAAGAGCAACGUCGUCUUCUAGUUUUGGCUACCACUGUAUCAACGAUACUACUGCCGUGAACGCAUUGCAGGAUGGUGGCAACAGAACCAUGCAAGUGCCGUCGGCUCCGUGUGCCAACCUGACAUGGGACCGACGUUUCCUCCCCUUUCCCGAUGUGAUUUGGAAACCGUCCAGUGCGGAUGCCAAAGGCUCUCUACCGGAUUACUUUGACAAUGAGGCAUCCGCCAUUACCGGAGGAGUCGAUCCACAUUCCCUGUUGGAGAUUGUAGUGGGUGCCAAUGGUAACAUGCUCAAGGAGCCUCACUUUCAACGCCCUGUAUACUGGUCGCAUUUCGACGACCAAAUGGUUCUGGUAAUGUUUGUGGGUCGUCGGUGGGUGAUUGUCCAGCUGAGAAAAGACGUCGUCUUUACAUGGCGUUCCCAUCCUGAGCGGCACAUGGAACGGUUGCUGUCGUUGUGGACGCAGUUUGCGGAGCAUUGGAUAUCAUCCAGCAGCAGCAACGAUGAUUCCAAAUUAGCACAACCAGAGAUUGUGCCAAUUUUCCUGAGUGAACCCGCCUCUCUGAGUGUGCGCGACAUCAACCUGGCAACUCCUGCAGGCUUGCAAUGGUAUUAUGUACAACAGGACCGUAGGAAUCUUGCCGUCGGAAGCUAUCUUGCCGUCGGCCAACCAAUCGAGACGGUCCUUCUUUGUGCUGUUUGCAACCAAGAAUCUAAUCCAUGCCACUCGGGAGGAUUUUGCCAUCAAGAAAAAGAUGCGUUCAGUGCUUCGAGCGCCCCCGGAGGUCAGUGCGUUUGUAGACCCGGGUACGAGGGUUUCCUUUGCGAGUCGACUUCUCUUGGUUGUCACAUGGGAGAGAGCUUUGUAGGGCUCUGCUUCAACGAUGGAACGUGUGGGACAAGCGGUCAGUGCAACUGCCCCAUGUGGAAGCGCAACCAAAGAGCGUUUCCAGUUCGUGGCGAUGUUUGCCAGUACGUACCGAACUGUUGGGAGUUUGAAGAUGAUGGAAUGGCAUGCUUCGAAAAAGGGACGUGUACCGAUGUUGGAUGCGACAAUGGUGGCUCUUGCAAGUUGGACGGAAGAUGCGAUUGUGAUGGUUCCGCCUGGGCAACAUCGGAAGACACGGGCCGAUACCGCGGAAAGCUCUGUCAAGAAGAAGUGAAUUGUUACGACUACGAAGCAGAUGGCAAGGACUGUGUCGAGAAAGGAACUUGUUCCAACGUCUUUUGCAACGGUGGAGUCUGCAGUGCUGAUGGGAGCUGUGAGAAAUGCCCCUCGCUUGCCUUUGGUCGCUUCUGCCAAGUGUUACCGGAUUGCUUCAACUUUGAAAUUGGUGGCGUUUCCACGGACUGCUUUGACACUGGGCGUUGCACGAAUCUUGGAUGUGCCAAUGAGGGCAUUUGUCAAAGAGACGGCACAUGUUCUUGUCCGGGAAGUUCUGGAAAUCAAAUCGACGAAGAAGACGAAGACCCAUUCUAUGACGAUGACACGCUGCAACCAACCAUGAAUCCAGUUGACAACAAUGUCUGGUAUUCAGGCAAACUUUGCCAGAUUGCUCAUGGUCGAAGCGACACUCAUGUCAACUCCCUCAUUGGCGAGAACCACGGUGCAGCAUCCGGUAACACAAGCUGCAUCCUCUCUGCCUGCGUGGCGAAUGGAGGUCAAUGCACAUCUAAGGGAAUCUGUGAGUGUCCUUUAGGAUUGUCCGGUGCUGAAUGCGAAAUUGUGUCCGACUGCUUCGAAGCGGAGGCAGAUGGGAAAGACUGCUUUGCCCUAGGAACUUGCACGAGUAUCGCGUGUCACCUUCGAGCUGACAACAGCACCUGCCGAGUAGAUGGACAAUGUGAGUGUCCGGAGAUGCUGGACAAGGAGGUCUACGGAAAGCUUUGCCACAAGGUCUGGCCGAUUGAUGAUUGUUUUGAAGCUGAAGAAGACGGAAAGGACUGCUUGAAGCUGGGGACGUGUUCCAACAUGGGCUGCUUGAAUGGUGGCACCUGCACCUUUGAUGGGAGUUGCGACUGUACGUCUUUGUUUUGGGGCAAGCAAUGUCAGCACGCCCGAAACUGUUUCGAACAAGAAUACAGUUGUUUCUUCAACACAUUCUUGACAGGGAAUGGAAAACCCAACGAGAACAUCGACCCCACCAAUACUCCCUGCUCCGAUGCAGGGUGUUUGAACAACGGUAUUUGCCAGGCCUCCGGCGACUGUCUUUGUCCCGGUGGCUACACUGGCAAGGUCUGUCAAGACGCUUUGCCCUAGCUACUGGUAGGGUGUUUGACAAAAAUGUACAUAUAUUGGCUCAGCUGCAGCAGUAGGAAAGUUAAUGUAAUGGUAGUUGUGCAUGUACCGGUAAUUCAUUUAUGGUGCUACCGGUAAGAUAGUAGGUGCUUGGAAGAAGGUUCCGAUGCCAGCUAGCUAGUAGGAAAGGAUACGGACUCUAACCCCC